UGCUGCCUUUGUCUACCUGCUCCGUGACUCUCUCUCCGUUCCCCCGGCUGUGCUUCAGGGCCCUCUCCCCAACACCUGUGGGAGCUUCUGGGAGAUGGUGUGGGAGCAGAGGAGUCGAGGCGUGGUGAUGCUCAACAGAGUCGUGGAGAAAGGAUCCAUUAAAUGUGCUCAGUACUGGCCUCAGAGAGAGGAGGGAGACGCCGUGUUCGAAGACACCAACUUCAAACUCACCUUCGUCUCCGAGGACGUGAAGUCUUAUUACACCGUGAGGCAGCUGGAGCUGGAGAACCUCUCGGUGAGUCUGAGGCUUUCUGUCUGAUAUCUCAAAGGAUCC